CUGAGGGGAGGAGUCCGGGGCUAUGACUUUGGAGUAUUACCUGCAGAUCCCCACCGGGGCAGCGGCACUUGCUUGGAGUGUGUGGGCUGUGUGGGAGAGCCUCCGUGAAACUAGGUCUUAAGCACACAGUUUAUUUACCCAUCUGGGGGAGUCUGACUGACGGCAGCUGCAGGGCAGCUAGCUGUAGGCAUGGCUGGUUGUCUGCACAGGAUGGGAUUUCGUAAAGCGACGGAGUGGAUCUUCGUGAUUUCUGUCCUUAGCAGCUGCCUCUCUCACGUGGCCGCUCAAAGCUUCGAUUCCGCUUUCCUUUUCCAACAGAGACCUGGACCUAACGCCGACACCAUCUUGCUGGCCAAUAAUGGGAUCCGAGUACCUUUUGGGCGGGCUGUUUUUUUGGACCCUGUUAAGGAUCUCAUAACGGAGGUCCUGCCUGGGGAUCGCUGCCACAUCACAGUGCUGGACAAUGACCCACUUGCCCAGAGGCCAGGCGCCCUGACCCCCAAAAAGUUCCCCUGUGCUUUUGGCGCAGAGGAGGUGAAGUACACCCACUUUGGAUCACGGAGCCCCAACCGGGAUCGGGUGAAGCUGCAGCUGAGAUACGACUCUCCCACAGACACGGUGAUCAUCCCCUUCAUGCUGGAGGUGGAGGUGGUGUUCCAGCAGCUGGAGAUCCUGACGCGCAACAUGCCGCUGGCCGUGGAGAAGCUCAACGGCAACAGCAACCCCAUCGACCGAAAGGGCCUGGAGUUCGCCUACGACAGCAGCGUGUCCUCCUGCAAGGUCAGCACCCUGGUCGGCGCCGGCGGGCUCCCGAGGUAUGGCAAGCUUCUGAAUUACACCGCGAACGGGCAGAUGGUCGACUGCGAUGCUUUUCUUAAGCUCGGUGUUCGCUACCAGCACACCUCCGCCACCAACUCGCCCAACAGAGACUACAUCCCGAUGAUGGUGGAGCUGGUGGACCAGGAGGGUAGCACCUUACAGCAGGAGCAUUUUCAGAUCAUGGUUCGAAUUAAGGAGGGGGCUGAAAAUACGCCCCCCAAACCAAGCUUUGUGGCUAUGAUGAUGAUGGAGAUUGACCAAUUUGUGAUGACAGCUAUUACCAGCGACAUGUUAGCUGCCGAGGAUGUCGAAUCCGAUCUAGAUGACUUGAUUUUCAACGUCACCUCACCGCUGGGCUAUCAGCAAGGCUACAUAAUCAGUACUGAUGAUCAAAAUCUGCCCAUUACCUCUUUCUAUCAAAGAGACGUCAAAGAUUUAAAAAUCGCGUAUAAGCCCCCGUCCGAAGAUUCGGACGAGGAGAGAAUUUUCCAGAUUGAAUUCGAAGUAGUAGACACCGAAGGUUCCAUCUCUGACACAUUCGCCUUCAUGAUUGUAGUGAAGCCCAUGAACACUUUAGCGCCUGUCGCGACUAAGAAUACAGGCCAGUUGUUAUUUGAGGGGCAGUCGAGACCACUGACCAGUGCUUAUAAUUUGGAAAUCAGCGACGAGGAUAACCUUGACGAUGUGAGAAUCACUGUCAUCGAUGGCCUGAAGCAUGGUGAGCUGACUAUGCUGGGGUCCCGCCAAAAGUUCUUCACACCUGCCGAUCUGGACGCAGGUAUAGUGGUGUAUCAGCAUGAUGGCAGUGACACUUACAGUGACAACAUCAUCUUUAGAAUGACAGAUGGCAGGCAUGAGGUCGAGUUUCUAUUCCCCAUCACCAUUGUGCCGACUGACGAUGAACCCCCGAUCAUCAACGCCAACACCGGAUUGGUACUUUUCAAGAAUGAGAUCAUGCAGAUCUCCCCAUUCAUUCUGAGCGCAACAGACAUCGAUUCUGAGGACUCCACCAUUAAGUUCAUUCUGGAGCCCCCAUAUUCCAAACUGGGGGAGUUGCUACUCAGGCAAACAGAGCCACCAGAAGACCGGGCUGCUUGGAAAUUCAGCUCGACGGACGAGAUGUUUGAGCAGGUGGUGACAGAGUGGCUCCAGCAGGACAUCUUAGACGGCAAACUCUUCUACCGCCACACUGGACCUCACAGUACCACCACAGUUAUGGAUCGGUUUGUAUUCCGUGUGCAGGAUGACAAUGACCCUCCAAACCAAUCUGGGGAGCAUACGUUCACGAUUAAAAUUCACCCUGUUGAUGACCUUCCCCCUGAGCUUUACCCUGGCACUGCACUGUAUAUGGCUGUGAAGGAGUACAAACUGACCCACUUUACGAAGAAGUUUUUGCGCUACACUGAUCUGGACUCAGAUGACCGUGAUCUUAAGUUCCACAUUACCAGGCCUCCCACAGACACUGAUGAAAACAACCUGGUCCCACUCGGUGAGCUUGUCCUGACUGAGAGUCCUGAGACGGUGAUCUCGGAGUUCACACAAGCUCAGAUCAAUCAUCACAAAGUGGCAUACAAGCCACCGGACCAGGAGUUGGGCAUCACUCCAAAAGUUGUUCAGUUCAGUUUUAUUGUAGAAGAUACUGCUGGUAACUCUGUCGAUGGCCUCUUCACUAUCUUCUUGCAACCUGUUGACAACAAGCCUCCUACUAUCACCAACACUGGUUUCACUGUGCUGGAAAGAAGCACCUUUGUCAUAUCUAAGGCCGAACUAGACGCGACUGACAAAGAUACAGAUGAUGAUAAAAUCAUUUUCACUGUGACCCAGAUUCCCCGCUUCGGACAGCUGCAGUACUUAGGAAUUGAUAUGGCUGCUGGCGAGACAUUUGUUUUGGAAGACAUAGAGAGUGGCCGGCUAGCCUACGUACACAGUGGAGAGGAAUCACUUAGUGACACCAUAAAAGUAGACGUUAGCGAUGGCUUCCAUGAGGUGCCGAUCGUCAUCAAAAUCAGUGUCAAACCUGUUGAUGAUGAGAUGCCCACCAUUCUGCUCCCAGCUGGCUUGCUUGGUGCCUCCAUCGAUGUGCUGGAGAAUGGUGCCACGGAGAUCACCAGCAACAUAAUACAAGGUAAGGAUGAGGACACCGAUGACCUUAGAUUGACGUUCAUUGUGGAGGAGCCCCCGAAGCUGGGGGAGAUCAUGGUGAACGGUGUUCCUGCUGAGAGGUUCACGCAGCAGAACAUUAUCAAUGGUGAUGUCGUGUAUGCCCACACGAGUGGUGAAAUUGGACCGGUCAAAGAGCAUGACGCCUUUAACCUCACCAUCUCCGAUAUGUCUGACGAAUGGGUCGUCGGCGGCAACAAAGUCCAAGGCGUUCGUGUGCAUGUGACCAUUCUUCCUGUGAACAGUCAAUCUCCUGUGGUCAGUGUCGGGCAGCAAUUCACUGUCUUAGAGGGGGAGAAGAAUGUCAUCACCUUGGAGAACAUUCAAGCAGAAGAUGUGGAUACUGACAAUGAUGACAUAUCGUGCACCAUAAUUGUACAGCCAACGUCUGGCUAUGUGGAGAACAUAUCUCCUGCCCAAGGAUCUGAAAAAUCAAGAGUGGGCACUGCCAUCACUGCUUUUAGCAUCAAAGACGUCAGUCUCAAUCACAUUUACUAUGUGCAGAGCAUACACAAAGGCGUUGAGCCUGUGGAGGACAGAUUCACCUUCCAUUGCUCAGACGGAAUCAACUUCUCGAAACGACACUUCUUCCCCAUCGUAAUCAUUCCAGCUAAUGACGAAAAGCCUGAAAUUUUCAUCCGGGAGUUUGUCGUCAUGGAAGGCAUGAGUCUUGUGAUUGACACGCCUAUCCUGAAUGCAGCGGAUGUAGAUGUUCCUGAGGAUGACCUGGAGUUUGAAAUUAUAACAAAACCGAAACGUGGAAAAAUAGUCCAACAGCUGACGACGGGCACAGUGCCAGUUAUCAGAUUCUCCCUGGAACAGAUUAAAGAAGCAUCCGACAUUGUAUAUGAGCAUGAUGACUCUGAAACUAAAGAGGACAGCUUUGAGAUAAGGCUUACUGAUGGGAAGCAUAAAGUUGAGAAAAAAGUUCUUAUCAUGGUAAUCCCUGUGGAUGACGAGACGCCAAGGAUGACCAUCAAUGACGGACUAGAGGUGGAAAUUAGUGAAACAAAAACAAUCACUAACAGGGUCCUGAAGGCAACAGAUCUUGAUUCUGAAGACAAAGACCUCACUUACAUUGUGCGUUAUGGACCGGGUCAAGGUUACUUACAGCGUAUUACCAAAUUUGGAGACAUGGUUGGAAACAUAACCAUAGGGAUGAACUUCACUCAAGAUGAAAUCGACAAUGAGCUGAUUCAAUAUGUCCACACUGGUCAAGAAGGCGUUCGCGACCUCUUAAAGUUUGACGUCACUGAUGGCAUCAAUCCUCUGAUUGACCGGUACUUCUACAUUAACAUCGGAGGCAUCGACAUGGUCUUCCCAGAUGUCAUCAACAAAGGGGUAACAUUAAAGGAAGGGGGCAGAGUCACCUUGACCACAGACUUGCUCAGCACGACGGACAUCAACAGCCCCGAUGAACAUCUUAGCUUUAGCAUAACACGUGCGCCAAGCCGUGGCCACCUGGAGUGCACAGACCAUCCUGGUGUCCCCAUUUCCACCUUCACCCAGCUGCAGCUGGCUGGCAACAAGAUCUACUACAUCCACACCUCCUACGACGAGGUGAAGAUGGACAGCUUUGAGUUUGAGGUGACAGACGGCUACAACUCAGUCUUCCGCACCUUUCGGGUGUCCAUUACCGAUGUGGAUAACAAGAAGCCGGUGCUGACUGUCCACAGACUGGUAGUGGGUGAGGGUGAGGCGAAGCUGAUCACGCCCUUUGAGUUGACAGUGGAGGAUCGGGACACUCCCGACCGUUUGCUGCGCUUUGUCAUCACCCAGGUCCCCGUGCAUGGGCAGCUGUUAUACAACGGCACACGCCCGGUUGCCAGCUUCACCAAGCAGGACCUGAAUGAGAACCUCAUCACCUACAGGCACGAUGGCACAGAAAGCCAAGAGGACAGCUUCUCUUUCACAGUGACGGAUGGCACUCACACCGAGUUCUUCAUCUUCCCCGAUACGGUCUUCGAGACCGGAAAGCCCCAGAUGAUGACCAUCCAGAUCAACACGGUCGACAAUGGCGUUCCACAGAUUGUGGUCAACAAGGCAGCCCCCACUCUCAGGGUCCUGCACACUGGCCACCUGGGCUUCCUUAUCACCAGCAAGGUGCUGAAAUCAGAAGACAGAGACAGCCCACACAAAGUACUCAAGUACUACGUCGUAGAGGCCCCUCACCAUGGCUACAUCAUCAACACCGCGCUGGGGAAUGACAGCAUCAGGACCUUCACGCAAGCUGACAUCGAUGACAUGAAGAUCUGCUAUGUGCUGCUGGAUGGGGACAAUGCCACAAGUGACAUUUUCUACUUCACAGUAGAAGACAGUGGGCGUAAUAAGCUGAAGCCACAGCCGUUCAGGCUCAACUGGGCUUGGGUUUCUCUUGAGCGAGAAUAUUACCUGGUGGAUGAAGACGCUAAGUUCCUGGAGGUGACCCUCAAGCGCAGAGGCUAUCUGGGGGAGACAUCUUUCGUCAGCAUUGGCACACAGGAUGGCACGGCAGAAAAGGGUAAGGACUUCCAGGGUAAGGCCCAGAAGCAGGUGCAGUUCAACCCCGGCCAAACCUUGGCCACCUGGAGGGUGAAGGUCUUCACAGACCAGGAGUUCGAGACGUCCGAGAAGUUCCAGAUCCAGCUGUCUGAGCCGGUCAUGGCUGUCCUGGAGUUUCCCAACGCAGCCACAGUGGAGAUCGUGGACCCGGGCGAUGAGUCCAAGGUCUUCAUUCCUCAAUCUGAGUAUAGGGUUGAGGAGGAUAUUGGGGAACUGCUGGUGCCUGUGCGCAGGUCCGGAGAUGUCAGUCAGGAGCUCAUGGUUAUCUGUUACACAAAGCAGGGCACUGCCACGGGCACCAUCCCCAGCACGGUACUGUCUUACUCGGACUACAUCACCCGGCCCGAGGACCACACCAGCGUGCUGCGCUUUGACAAAGGUCAGCGUGAGAAGCUCUGCCGCGUCAUCAUCAUCGACGACUCGCUAUAUGAGGACGAGGAGAGCUUUAACAUCACCCUUAGUAUGCCCAUGGGAGGCCUGGUGGGGGCACUCUUCCCCAGUACCCGUGUGGUCAUCCUGGCUGACAGCAAUGAUGAGCCCUCUCUCUACUUCGGAGAACCCGAGUACUCAGUGGACGAGAGCGCCGGCUACGUGGAGGUCCAAGUGUGGAGGACAGGGACUGAUCUGUCCAAGACUGCCACGGUCACAGUGCGCUCCAGGAAAACCGAACAGCUAUCAGCUGAGGCUGGAGUUGACUACGUGGGCAUCAGUAGGAAUCUGGAUUUUGCCUCCGGCGUGACCAUGCAGACAUUCCGUGUGACCAUCCUGGACGACUUGGGCCAGCCGAUCGUGGAGGGACCCGAGACGUUUGAGCUGGUGCUGCGUAUGCCCAUGAAUGCUGUGUUGGGAGAGCCCAGUCGCACCACUAUUACCAUCAAUGACACGGUUUCUGACUUGCCCAAGGUACAAUUCAAAGACCUCAUGUAUCGGGUGGACGAGGCAGAUGGGAAGGUCCGUGCCAUGUUGUACCGCAGUGGAGACCUUAGCCACAAGUCCACAGUGAGGUGCUAUACCCGCCAGGGCUCUGCACAGGUGAUGAUGGACUAUGAGGAGCGGCCCAACACUGACAGCUCCAUCAUCACCUUCCUGCCAGGAGAGAGCGAGAAGCCAUGUACAGUGACGUUGGUAGACGACUCGAUAUAUGAGGAAGAGGAGGAGUUCCGCCUGGUGCUUGGGACGCCACGAAGCGAGUCGUCAUACGGCGCUUCGCUGGGAGAGCAGAAGGAGGCAGAAGUCAAGAUAACGGAUGAGAAAGACAAGCCCAUCAUCCAGUUCUCAGAGAUCAAGUACAGCAUUCGGGAGCCGCAGAUCCCAGGGCAGAAGGCUGUUGUGAAAAUCCCCGUCUUGCGUCUGGGAGACACCUCAAAGGUGUCUUUGGUGCGGGUCCACACAAAGGAUGGCUCAGCCACAUCAGGAGAGGACUACAACCCCCUAUCAGAGGAUGUGGAGUUUAAGGAGGGUGAGAAGGAGCAUAUCGUGGAGGUGCAGAUCCUGUAUGAUGGCCAGAGGGAGAUGAGGGAGGCUUUCACCGUGCACAUGAAGCCCGAUGAGUACAUGGUGGCUGAGAUACAGAUGAGCAAAGCCAUCGUGUACAUUGAGGAGGUUGACAGUGUGGCGGACGUCACCUUCCCCGCCGUGCCCCAAGUGGUGUCCCUGCUCACGUAUGAUGACACAGCACGUGCUAAGGACAACCCACACCCCGCUACUGGCUACCCCGUUGUCUGCGUGACGGCCUGCAACCCCAAGUACUUUGACUUUGACAAGACGGGCUCCAUCUGUUCAGCGGAGAACAUCAACGACACGCUGACACAGUACCGCUGGUUGGUGAGCGCGCCAAGUGAGGCCGACGGCGUCACCAGCCCCAUGCGCGAGGUCGACACCAACACAUUCUUCACCAACACCAAGUCCAUUACGCUGGACUCCAUCUACUUCCAGCCAGGCUCACGUGUACAGUGCGCUGCACGGGCCUACAAUGCCAACGGUGACGCCGGGCUGGAGCUCAGUAGCCCUGUAGUAGUGAUCAGCAGGGAGGAGGGUCUUUGUCAGCCUCGUAUCCCGGGAACAGUGGGGGCAGAACCCUUCUCAGCCAAGAUUCGCUACACGGGGUCCGAUGAUCCAGACUUCCCCAACCUCAUCAAGCUGACGGUCACUAUGCCACACAUGGACGGCAUGUUACCAGUGAUCUCCACUCGACCUCUAUCCAAUUUUGAGUUGACUCUGAGCCCCGACGGGACUCGCGUGGGCAACCAUCGCUGCUCCAACCUGCUGGAUUACAAUGAGGUCCAGACUCGCUACGGCUUCAUCACCGAUGGCACCAAGAACCCGGAGAUCAUUGGCGAGACGGCGCCAUACCAGUACAGUGCAGGGAUGCGGAGCACCAACUCGCUGCGGUUCUACCGCAACCUGAACCUGGAGGCCUGCCUUUGGGAGUUUCACAGCUAUUACGACAUGUCUGAGCUGCUGGGCGACUGCGGAGGGUCGAUUGGCACAGAUGGCCAGGUCCUGAACCUGGUGCAGUCCUAUGUCACCUUGCGCGUGCCCCUGUUUGUGUCCUAUGUCUUCCACUCCCCUGUGGCGGUGGGUGGCUGGCAGCAUUUUGACCUGCAAUCGGAGCUACGGCUGACCUUUGUGUACGAUACCGCCAUCUUGUGGCAGGACGGCAUCGGCAGCCCCCCAGAGGCUGAGCUACAAGGAUCCAUGUAUCCCACCAGCAUGAGGAUCAAUGAGGAGGGGCGCCUAGUGGUCAACUUCAAGACAGAGGCGCGAUUCCGGGGACAGUUUGUCAUGUCGCACCCAGGAACAUCCCUGUCGUCCAUGGUUAUGUCAGUGGACCACCCAGGCCUCACCUUCACGCUGUCACUGGUCAGGACUGAGCCCACCUACAACCAGCCCAUGCAACAGUGGAGCUUUGUGUCCGACUUCGCUGUGAGGGACUAUUCGGGCACCUACACCGUGAAGCUCAUCCCAUGCAUCGCGGCCCCCAGCCGGGAGUUCAGCAUUCCCCCCGUCUGCCACCCCAGGGAGCCCCUCACCUUCGAUGUGGACAUCCGCUUCCAGCAGGUCAGCGACCCAGUGGCAGCUGAAUUCACCCUCAACACCCAGAUGUUCUUGCUGUCCAAGAGGGAGCUGUGGAUCUCUGAUGGUUCCAUGGGCUUCGGGGAGGGUGCGGAUGUGGCCUUUUCAGAAGGGUCUCACAUCUAUGGGCGCGUGAUGGUAGACCCCGUGCAGAACUUGGGUGACUCCUUCACGUGCAGUAUCGAGAAGGUCUUCCUGUGCACUGGUAUCGAUGGAUACGUCCCCAAAUACAACCCCAUCAACAAGGAGUAUGGAUGUCUGGCUGAUGCCCCAUCUCUGCUUUACAGAUUCAAAAUCCUGGACAAAGCACAGCCAGAGACGCAGGCCACAGUUUUCGGGAACAUCCGCUUCGAGGCCUCGCUGGCAGCAGACACUGCAGGUGCUCUCUCGCUGGUCCAGCAGCCCGGCUCAGAUGGCUUUACCCUGUCCUCAUCGCCGCUCUUCCAGGUGGCAGCUGGGCGCGAAUGGUACAUCCACACCAUCUACAUGGUUCGCUCCAGGGACAAUGCUAACCGUGCACUGGGAAAGAGGAGUCUGGAGUACCUCCACAGCGUCUCUGGCGUGGGUCGGAGUCGGAGUCGCCGGGCCUCCCAAGUCGAGGUGGAGACGAUCGGUUCGGAGAACAGCCGGGGCACUAACAUCCAGCACAUCGCUCUUGACCGCGGCGACAGGUUGAGAGUGAACCAGCGCGAGCCCUGGCCGGUCCUCGCGGAGCAUCCUGAUCGCCCCCUGCUGGACAGCUUUGGGAGGGAGUCUGGCAGUACAGUAGAGCAGCUGCCCAUGGUGGUGGGGCUGGCGAGCCUCGUCCUCCUCAUCUGCAUUGCCGUCCUCGCCGUCAUCCUCCUGCUUUGGUGGAGGCGGCGCCGCACCUCCGAGAAGAAGCUACCACCCUUUUCUUCCUCGUCCUGCUCGGCUUAUCAAGGCAGCAGCCACAGCAGCAGAGAGACCAUGAGCAGGAGGAACAGCUCCGAGGUGUAACCAGUCCCCCCCCCCCCUCACUGAUCCCUCACCCCCCACUUUUGCCCCCUUUCCCCUCUGCUGGCUGCUCAAAGUCCCAGUCAUCCUGGUGCCUUCUGGCAAUAGCACUGAAGUCACCUCUCUCCACCUUUCAAACGGUGCAUAACUACCCCGCGUGCAAGGCCACGAGGAGGACUGUCGGCUUUCAACCAGCGCGUCAAUGCAUGAAGGGACGCCCUGACCUGGAACACAGGGCUUAUUGAACAGCGUUUACUCCCACUGCUACAGGCAUAGGCAUUAAUAUGGGCUGGAAUCCCCACUACACAUCUUAGUGUCAUUAGCACAUAGACUUGCAUUGGUAAAUUCGUAUAUUGAAAAUGCUACAUCUAAACCUAAACGGCUGCCCUGGUUGCCAAGCGACAAGACGUUUUCCCCAGUAGGUAGGAAUGGUUGGCAUUUGAAAGCUCAGAAAAUGCCUAAUCCAAGGUGAAGACGGUUCCCCAAAAGGGACAAAAAAGCAUACUGAGGCUCUCUCCAGGUGCAACAAUUAAGGUAGUCUCCCUUAUCCCCUUGAGCAACAAGCAGCUUUGACAGAACUUUCUGGAUGAUUUCUUAACACUAGUUUACUUGGUGUUUUUUAUAUAUAGUUCUGUGUAAAAAUCGUGUGGUUUUUUUUUCCCUCAGUAAAAAACUGUCAAUAUGGGCAACUCAUUGUACUAUUCAGGCUACGCCGUGACAAGGCUUUGGGGUCUCACUUGGAAAGUAGGUGAUGUUCACCCCUGCCGGAAGUGUCUGCCCAAUUAACCUGUUUUUAUAAUAAUUGUACCCUGCUGCACUUUCAAUAUACCUGUUCCCACUUCAACAGAACAUUGAUAUGGUGCUACAGAAAGGGAUUGUAAUGUAAUUGUAACCUGUGAGGUGCAUUAACAAUUCAAUGACUUUUAUACAUUUUUCAGGACUUUUCAAAGGCGAUUGUGUGUAUCCUAAGUGUGCUACCUAUGUACCUAUCAUAGUAAAUGAGUAAAGAAACAUUAAGGACAUUAGCACACGCUGGUACAUAUUGAAAUAUUGUGAACCACACAUUGUGCGAUGUUCUACUGUUCUCAAAAUGCUAAGUAAAUGAUUUUCCAAAGGAA